UGGAACUACUCAAGUAAAGUACAAGUACCUUAGAAUUGUACUUAAGUGCAGUUCUUGAGUAAAUGUAGCUCCACCUCUGACGGUAGACAAUGUGACGUGCAUAAAUUUGUGUUGCGCAACCCUGGAAGCACACUGUACGCAUACUAAGAGAAUAUGCUUUAGCUCGUGGUUGGUUCAGGUUCAUUCAAUGAUUGCGUAACUCCCCCGUGUAUUAUCUGUUUAACUCCAUUAAACAGUAACAUGUUUUCAACACUACUGCAGCUUAAACUAUUUUAAACAGGCCUUUUUUUUUGGACUUCAGCUCCACAUCGACAAGAGGAGGAGUGGGAAGCAGACUUCUGACAUUUUUACUCUGAUCCAGGGUGUGCUGAACAGUGCAAACGUUUGCCAUGGCGACCUUUGAUGACCUCCUGGAAGAAGCUGGGAGUUUCGGCCGCUGUCAGAAGCGUAUCUUUGCCCUGCUCUGUCUGCUGUCGAUACCUUAUUCAGGUGUGUACGUUGGGACCGUUUUUCAGAGUUUCACCCCGGAUCACUGGUGUCGGGACUCUGCGGUGGUGGAGAGGAGGCAGGCGUGCGGCUGGAGCCUGGCGGACAGCCGCAGGCUGACGGUGCCUGUGGUCAACGUCUCCGGAGGGCUGCAGCAGAGCAGCUGUGAGCAGUACGACGUGGACUGGAACACCACGACGCUCGGCUGUGACACACAGGAACUGAACCUCAGUGAGGUCCCACUUACAACGUGCAAGGAUGGCUGGGAGUAUCAGUAUGAAGGCAGGACGUCCUUUGCCACAGAGUUUAACCUGGUGUGUUCAGAUGGAUGGUUUGUGGACAUGUACCAGUCCACUCUCAAUUUGGGCUUCCUUGGUAGCAGCUUUGCUUUUGGUUUCUUUGCUGACAGGUUUGGCAGGAAGAUCAGUUUCCUGGUGUCCAACAUACUGAAUGCGAUCUCAGGGAUUGCACUGGCUGUGGCUCCAAACUACAUCUCCAUCCUGGUGUUGAGGUGCAUCUUUGGCUUUGGAGUCAAAGGAGGCUGGAUGUCCUCAUAUGUGCUGCUCACAGAGAUUGUUGGAGUGGAGUACAGACAGACUGUGGGCAUUUUGUACCAGAUGUUCUUUAGUGUUGGUGUCCUCAUCCUCCCUCUGCUCGCCUACUUCAUCACUGACUGGCGCUGGCUGCAGUUCGUCAUCACUGCGCCCUUCAUCUUCUUCUUGUCCUACUACUGGCUUCCCGGUCACAUUUGUGUCUCUGGAGCACUGCCAGCCACAGAACGAAAAUGUCAAAAAGUAGUUUGUCUGCCACGCCUGGUGGCCUAGAGGGUAAGUGGUUAACCAUAAACUACAAUGUCCCCAGUCUAAAAAAACGCAUUAGAACAAGAAAGAGACUGAGAUCGUCCAUUACAAGAUGUGUUUGGGGAACAUUUGAUUUUUGUAUCUGUAAAAAUGAUGUGUCUCAGGUUUAUCCCAGAGUCUCCGAGGUGGCUCAUCUCUCAGAACAAGUCUGCGAAAGCUUUAAAGAUCACCGAAGCUAUGGCUAAGGAGAACAAGAGGAAGCUCAAGAAU